UCGAUUUUUGUUCCUCUCCAAUUUCAAUUUUCCAGAUCAUAAUCGCUUGGUUGGCCCGACGCCAAAUGUCCGACAGCAGCCCGGAGCGAAUUCUCCGAAAACGCAGACAAAGACUUUGAUCCGAACCCACCCAUCUCCUGUGACGCCACCCACAAACACGACGACCACAACGACGACGACGCCCUCCUGCCCCAAGAGCCACCACAACAACAAUAACACCAUCAACGGCAGCAAUGGUACCGCGCUGAAAAAUGCCGCCAACAUCCAACGCAAUGGUACCAUUAUCCUGGAGAAGAACGGCGGCUCGCCGAAGCUGAUCCUGGGAGGAGGUGGCGAUGCAGUGGCGCCACCAGUCGUCGUCGUCGCCGCUGCUGGACAGAAGAAGAUUAUCGGAAGCAGCAAAGAGACAACGGUGCUGAAGAACAACGGUGGCGGUGAUGGUGGACGCAAUUUGGACCUGUCGUACCGCAACAACAAUUUAGUCGAUAUUAGUUUGCUCAAUCAUGCCAACCGGGGCGUGGAGGCGCUGGGAGUUUUAGUACAAUACUUAGUUUUUAAUCUGGAUGCCUUUUCCUGUCCCACUGUUAAAAAGUCCCAUCAGAAGACCACCCAUGACCUGCUAGAGACCAAAUCAAUGCUCGAUGAGGAGCGCAGCACGUGCCAGUCGCUCAAGCAGCAGCUGCUGGAGAACACCGAACGGGAGGCAGAACUUCAGGAACUGCACCGAUGUGAAAUUAGUAAAGUGGAAGCCUGUCUCAGCGAGCAGCAACGCUCGGCUGCCGAUCGGAUCACCGCCCUCGAAGCGGAACAGCUCCGGAAGGAGCUCGAAGCGGACGAUAAACUACGAAACACCACAGAAUUGUACGAGUCCCGUCUGGCCGAACGGGAAGCGGAACUCAAGCAGUCGCAAGCCCGGGAGCAGGACCUGCUCCAGCGAAUAAACGCCCUGACCUGUACCGAGAAUGAGCUCCGCGAGAAGGUGCACUCCAGCGAGCUGGAGUUUAGCGAGCGGCUUCAGGCGGCAGCUCUGCGCGAACGUGACCUUUCCGAACAGCUCAAGCAGCUCAACCGGCAGAUGGAGGAAAUGCGCCGGGCAGCGGAGGCCCGCGAACGGGAGCUGGAGGAGAAGAUCAGUCUCACACAGGACGAGUGUACCGUGCUGAGGCACAGUCGAAGCUCGCUGGAACCAACGCUACCGAACGAGGAGCACGAGCUGUCCCAGCGCUCGUCCCUGGGUGGAUCGUUCGGAGCAGAGCACUCUUCGUUCGCGGCGGCAGCUCCGCUGCAGACGAACCGUUCGUCGGGCAAUCUGAGCCAGGCGCAGGUCCUGCAGGAUGAAGUGAACAGUUUGCGGUGCGUGCUGGAUUUGAAGCAGAGGGAAAUUUCCGACCUGCGGAAGUUGACGCAGGAAUACGAGCGGGAUGCCAAGGAGCUGCCCGGGGCACUGGUGAAGAUUUCCGCCCUGGAGUCCAGGAUUGAGGAUCUGCAGGUGCAGCUCAAAACCAAAACCGAGGAGGAGAAGGACCUCCAGCAGAAGCUGAAACUGCUCCAGGACAACCUGAAGCAGGAAACCAAAACCAAGACCCGCCUGUCCCAGCACAACGAGGAACUGCAGUGGAAGCUGAAGCAGAACUCGGAAAAGUUCUCACACGUGUACGCCGAGCUGUCCAAGAGCUACCACGACACCAGCAGUUUCAUGAACGCCACUCGGAUUAGUUUGGACCCGCCAACGGCGGCGGCAGCGACGACAACCACAAACCACAGCCGAUCCAGCGCCGGGUCCGAUCGGGUCUUCGAGAUGGACGAUUUGUCGCCACCGACCUCACCGGUCAUCAAGGGGGUUGUGGAAAAAAGCGAUUCGGUUUCCUGGGUGCUCGAGAUGGAUGACGAACCGCCGGAGAUUUCCGCCUCGCGAAUGGUGCGAAGGGCUGGGUCCUUUCGGUCUUCGUAUGCAAACGGCGGUCAAGGUCAGGACGGGAAACGACAACGAUGCUUCAACAGUUCACUGAACGGAAUUCAGCAGUCCAGUUCGGUGGGAUCGAUCUUGAAGCAGCAGGAUGCGGCGUCACCAGCGAAGGUCGGAACUCCGGGGACCCCGCGGUUGAGGUCCAAAUCGGUCAGCAUCAAGGCUGCAACGGAACCACCAAAGAAGAUUGUGCGAUCGAACUCGGGAGCUUCGUCGUCGGCCGUUUCCAAGCCCAUUAGGAUGGCGUCCGAUAUGCCACUCUCCUGGAAGGAUCCUCCGCUUUACAGCAGCUCGCCGUACGCCCACAAGAGGUUUCUGAAUGAGCGAAUGGAGAACGGCGGAAGCAAGUCCUUUCGAGACGGGAAGGAUUUAUUUCUAGAGGAAACGGAAUUUCUAGGGGAACUGGGUGGGGAAAGUCCUUUUAGUAGGAGCCGGGCGGGAUCGUUUGGGGAGGGUCCUGCGGAGGGAGCGGCGGAACAUCCGAUGGAGUUUUUUCAUCGGGACAAAACCCCCAACUUUAAGAAGAGCAAAGAGAACCGGGGUUUGAUAACAUGUGAUACGACGGCGCUGUCCGAGUUCGGGACCUGUGACACUCCGGCGCACAAGAAGCGGCGAGAGUUUGCCCGGAAGAGUCUGAGCGGUAAGAACAAUUCGUUACCAAAGGAAGCGGCCGGAGAGGCCCUGGUAUCCGGUUCCAAUUCGGACGAUGAAGCAUCGUCGGCCUCUUCUUGCCUGUCCGAUGACCUCUCGUCCGGAGGGAGCAGCACCAGCAGCGGUAGUAGUUCCUCUAGCACCACCGGAGGAGCGUCAUCACCAACCCGGUCGUCGUCGUCGGCAUCCUCGGGGGAGGCAAGGGAAGCUCUAGUGCAGGGACACGGACAAAUUCGGGGGUCGGCAGAUCCUCUGCUGCGGAAAAUUGUAGCUAGUCUGAACGGCGGAACCAUUUCCGGCGGAGAGGGCAACGAUACGCCCAUGGAAGUCAGCUGGUCCGAGGAUGGGGAUCCGACCGAGUCGAUCGUAUGACAAGACGAUGAUAGCUUUUAAACGUGUUACGGGGAAGAAAGAAGAACCGAGAAAGUGCGCUGACCUGAGGGAUGGCUCUUCUCGGAAGGCCCCGAAAGGCAGUGGCCGUCAAUCCUGAUUUUUUAUUAUUACAAUUUAAUAGGUUCUGUUUGUUUUACACAGUUAGUCAGGUUAAUCAGUUGUUAAAUGUAUAAUUUUUCUGUAUUUAUAUGUAAAAGUCAGAGUAAGGAAUGGGAUGGAUUUAUGCGCGCGAAAGGAAAGGUUUGAUGAGAGGGAAUUUGUUAUUUUUGUUUGUCUUCAAUUUUCAGUUUAUUUCCUUCUUUUAACGAGUAUCCGUUCGAUGGCAUUGAGUUUGUGUUCGUUUAGUAAGUGAUUCAACUCUUUCGAGGCAGCAGAUUUAUAUAUAAUCCCUAUUGAAAAUAACAGUCAGUCACAAGCGGUUGAAAGAUUAAUAAUUUUGUGUCUUUGUAACUAUUAGGCGAUAUAUGCAGAGCAGAAUAUAAAAGAUAGAAACGCGGAAGAUAAGAAUGUGUUAUUAGCAGAGUAAGUUUUUGGUCGAACUUCUGGUUCGGAAGUCGGUUCUCGAAGAUAAUACAAAAAAGUCGCAUAAAACGUAUGUGAGGUCAACGCAGUUUUUCACUUCAAUAAUUACUAAUAUCACUAUAACUUUUCUUGUUUCCCCACAAUUCGUAGGUCGAAAAAACGUCAGCCAUCAACUUUAUUUGUUUGUUUGGAGAUAUAAUAUUUUAUUAAUUUCAAAACUUGUUCAACACGUGUUUCAGGUUUAUAGGAAAGUUUUUCUGAGAUAAUUAUCUUGGUUUUUACACAAUAUUCAAGCAUACUGUCCUCUGAAAGACGCAAGUUAAAUGCGUCUUACCUGGUGAACAGUUUAAUCUAGAAUCAGUUUACUAGGUGGCGCAAAUAUUGCUGUGGAGAUUCCAUAUGGCUACAUUUUAUGAAUUGUACUUGAGAUUAUUUUUUUGCGCUUAUACCGCGAUCAUGCUAAAAGAUACGAGGUUGGAUUCUUAUUCUGAAUUGUUUAUUUGAGUGUAAACUUUCCAUACAAAUUAUUUCCGCAGAUGGCAAACAAAAACAAACAAGGAUCCAAGUAUUUUGUUUGGAUGUGAAAAACGCAAUGUCCUUCACAACGGUUGAACGAUCAAGAAAUUGUCCUUUGGCAGAAGAAAUAUUUAAUUGUUACUAGACUUAUAAGAGAGAUUUAAUCCAAACAAUAAGAAAAAAAAAACAUGUCGAAACCAACAAUAAAAAUCAAAAGCAGUUCAACCCCCUAUUUGUGUAAAAAUAUAUACAAUACGACUAACCUUUAGAAAAGCGACAAAGCGGAAGAUACGAUUUAGGAGAAAGCAAAGACGGCACCGUAGCAAAAAAUAAAUACAUUUUUGGACCAGAAACAAACGGAAGUCGUUUACGAAGCGAUCGAAAAACAAAAUUGGUGCUCAUUUGUGUGAAAUUUGCGCAUUGGAUAUGCUUCAGCAUUAUUCGGAAGUGCUGCGCGCGGUUCGAAUAUAAAUUGAACAGAAACUAAAACAUUUGACUCACAUAUUGUGUAGUAGUUUGUAGCGAAAGUUUACUAAAAACACACAAUAAUGGAUUAUACUUAACCGCCCCCAUUUUUUGUCGGAAUCUAUGGAGACGAGAGGAAUAAUCAAACUACAUUUUUAAUUAGCGAGCGCAGUUCUUGUGCAGAUAUAUUGGAACCAAUUUGUAGCGUUUUAUCUAUCUAGAUAUGUGAAACCUUUUCCCAUUUAUCGCAUUACGCAGAGACGGCGAGAAAAAGAUGAACAUUUAUUUUUCCUGUUUUAUAUUACGUUCUCAACUACACUAUUACUCCGGUUGUUGGCUCAAUAUUCUUAACGCGCAAUUGUCAUUCGCUUUGCGCAUUGUGUCUCAGUACACGCACUUAUGAAAAUGAAAGUCUUUUCAGUUUUGCACGUCACCUACCCAGCUACGAAGAACGGCAAAUCCCGGCUAACGACGAAAUGAUAACUAGCAAAGAGCAACACUCACGUGAGAAAAUGAUAGUGUUUGGAGACGCGAAGAGAAAGAUGCAUGGUAAUGAUUCGACUUUAUUUACAAGAUGUGAACAAUUUCGCGCGUAGGAUAACGCAAGCAGAGUUCUGAUGUAUGAUAUUACGUUUACCUAAUUGCAUUGAUAUAGAGGGAGAAAGGCGGAACUGACCCCAGAGGGUCAGACGCGCAGACAGAUUAUCGAAGAUACCUACAACAGACACACACACACAUUCAGCUAGCAGUUUAUGCAAAACCUAAAAGUGAAAUGAGAUAAUUAAUUGAAAACAGUGACACACAAUAAAUUGAAAAUAUGAAUAAAAA